CAUGGUUCUCAUGACUGCACGUUUCAUCGUUCUCGCCUCCUUUCUCUGUCUGGCUGCCCUUUCUCAGAACUCGCUCUUUGUCAAUGCCGCCGCUAUACCUCGCUCUGACGUCACGAGUACUAAGCUUGCCUUUCGCGAACAGGUCCCAAGUUUUCACCUUCUUCAUUACGUGGCUCACCAGUCUGUGCCCGAAUCUCACAAAGGUGAGGAGACCGAGAAGAAGGGAGCCAAGAAGAAGGAAGAGAAGAAGGACAAGGAGAAGCACCAUAAAGCGGUUCGUCAGACAUUCUUGCGCAACAUUACUACUGGAGCCAUCAAUCCCACCAUGUAUGACUCCAGUAGCAAUGCCUCUGUUCCGAGCUGGGAGAUGGUCAAUGGUGGUGAUGAAGAGGAUGCCACGGACUUCGAGGAGCAGGACGAGUGUCCGGACGCCAGCGCCGAAGACGAGUCGGAUGCAUCUAUCGUAACCGUGAUCCAGAUUCACACGAUUACCAUUAUCGCCACCGUCAGUGGUACGGCAUCGGCGCUCUCAGAGACGAUACAAGAUAUUUCAACUGACAACUCGACGAUUGUCGUGCCAUCCACGUCUAGCAGUGCUUCCUUGGCUACCCCCAGCUCGCUCAAGGUCGAAGUUUAUGCGCCGAACGCGUUUUCUGACUCCAAGUCUUCUUCUCAAGAGGUGACUUUUAGCAUAUUUACGUCGUCUCCGGAUGGCACUGCUCACGCUUCUGUAGUCAUCAUUCCUCUGGCUCUGGCUCAUAAAACGCUGUAA